AUGCUUGAAAUGAUGGAUGAUAAAGGAUUUCAAAGAGAUUUGCUGAGAUUAAAGGUUAAUUGCAUCAGAUGUGAUUGGAAGGGUCUGUUGAAAUCGUAUCCAGAACACCUUGAUAAAGAUCACACAAAUUGGACAUGUGAAUAUUGCAAUGAAAUUUUUUUAUUAGCUUCACUAAUGGAUGAACAUAAAAAAAAUUCAUGUUCAAAAAUAGCUGUAGCCUGUGUUUUAGUCAAUUUAGGAUGUUCAAAUAAGCUGUCUAAAUCGAAUAUGAGUGAACACUUUUUAAGUGAAUUACAUCAGCGUUGCUUAUUGGUGUUUAUUCAUCAAAUAAUAAUGUUGAUUCAUUUGCAUAUGAAUAAUAACAGUUUGACCGAACUUGUUCAAUCACAAGGAUUACAGCUAUUACCAUCACUGAUGACGGUUACAAGCGCUGCAACUUCAAUAGUUAGAACGACAACCGAUCAAACAGUAGUGAAUGGUAAAGUGGAAGAAGGAGCAUUUAAUCUUGUUCCAUUAGCUAUUUCAAAUGCCAAAUCUCUUGUGUCAUCAGCAGACAUAAAUGAUUUCUAUGGUAAACUGAGCCAAAAUUAUGAAACUCUAAUGGUGUCAAUAAAAGAUAUUCAAAUUCUCAGUGAGGAUAGUGUUCGACUUAGCACAGAAUCAUUGCGGCACCAAAAUAUAUUACAGUCGUGUCAAAUUGAAAUAAAUCAGAUAAAACAAUCAGUGGAUGAAAAAGAUUCUUAUAUUGCUGGUAUAGCACCUAGUUAUGAAAUUCUGCAACAAGAAACAUCAAGUAUGAAACAAAAGGUUGACGACCUGCAAUCGAUUUCUCUUGAUGGUACAUUAAUAUGGAAAAUAACCAAUGUAUCUGAAAAUAUGGUUGAUGCACAAUCGGAACGACAAACAAGCAUCUAUUCACCACCCUUCUACUCAUCACGAACUGGUUACAAAAUGCGUGCUCGACUCUAUUUACAUGGUGAUGGUAAUGCACGUCGUACGCAUAUGUCACUUUUCUUUGUUAUUAUGAGAGGUGUUUAUGAUGCUAUUCUCACAUGGCCAUUCAAUUUUAAAGUUACAUUUUGUUUAUUUGAUCUAAGUGGACAACAACAACAUAUCAUAGACUCAUUUCGUCCUGAUAUAAAAUCAAAUAGUUUUCAGCGACCACGUUCUGAAAUGAAUAUUGCCUCUGGUAUACCAAAAUUUAUUCCACUUUCAAUAAUUCAGCAAGAUAACAAUAGUUACAUUCGAGACAAUACCAUGUACAUAAAAGUAAUUGUGGAUUUUGAGGAUACACCAAAAAUGAUGUUGUCAUAUGCUUUAACUUUAAAUUCUGGCCUACCUCAUCAUAUACAACAAAGUAUGAUGAAACAAGAAGUAGAAAAACGUCAAUCAGGACAACCACAGCCACCAAUGUCCUCUCAACAAGAACAAGCUACUGUUUCCGAAACAUCGUCUACUUUGGAUAAUUUUAACCAUCCAUGA